GAUAGUGUGUGUGAGGAGGUGUGUUGCAGGGAGGAUGGGAUAGUGUGUGUGAGGAGAGAGGGAGAGAUGAGGAGAAUGGAAAGCGCUCAGCGGCUGAUUUCACCUGAGAGCUGCCUCCUGCAAACCAUGGAUCCUUCAGUUUAGUGCGUCUGGAGAGAAACUGAUCUGCGACACGAUGGAGAACAACACCCCCGUGUUUCAGGACGCCUCUCCGGCUGUAAAUCUGACAGAAAUCCCCCUGAACCCUCUGGAAGAGCAGCUCGUCACCAUCGUUCUGACCUCGCUCAUCUGCGUGGUGGGGAUAGCGGGGAACAUCAUGGUAGUGCUGGUGGUUCUGCGCACCAAACACAUGGUGACGCCGACCAACUGCUACCUGGUCAGCCUGGCGUUGGCAGACCUGAUGGUUCUGCUGGCUGCCGGCCUGCCCAACAUCUCUGACGUCGUGGCCUUCUGGGUGUACGGACACACCGGAUGCUUGUUCAUAACGUACCUUCAGUACCUGGGCAUCAACGUGUCAUCCUGCUCCAUCACCGCCUUCACCAUCGAGCGCUACAUCGCCAUCUGCCACUCCAUCAGGGCUCAGUUCAUCUGCACCGUGUCCCGGGCCAAGAGGAUCAUCGCGGCGGUCUGGAUCUUCACCUCGCUCUACUGCAUCAUGUGGUUCUUCCUGGUGGACACGGAGGAAACCGUCUACGCCAACGGAGUCGUGGUGACGUGUGGAUACCGCGUCUCCCGCAGCUUCUACAUGCCCAUCUACUUCCUGGACUUCACCUUGUUCUACGUGAUCCCGCUGGUCGUUGCCACGGUUCUGUACGGACUCAUCGCCAGGAUCCUGUUCAUGAGCCCGCUGCCAUCGCAUCUGACGGACCGGGACGGGGGGGGGUCGGUGCACCAGGGGCACAACAACAGCACCAACAAGGGCGCCUUCUCCGCGAGAAAACAGAUCACGAAGAUGCUGGCGGUGGUGGUGGUCCUCUUCGCCCUGCUCUGGAUGCCGUACCGGACUCUGGUGGUGGUGAACUCCUUCCUCGACCCGCCGUACCACAACACCUGGUUCCUGCUCUUCUGCCGCAUAUGCAUCUACACCAACAGCGCCAUCAACCCCAUCAUCUACAACCUCAUGUCGCAGAAGUUUCGCAUGGCGUUUAAAAAGCUCUGCAAGUGCAGCUGGAGGCGGCAGGAGAAGGCGGUGGAGUUCAACGCGCCGAUUUACUACAGCGUGAUGAAGGACUCGUCGCAUGAGAGCAGCGAGCCGCUCAACGAACAGGAGGACGUGAUCCAGAGGAGAAGCAAACUCAAGCAGGAAGACGAAAGCAGUGAUCCUAAAUAG